AUGAGACUCCAAGAACAGCACAGCAGCGAGAGCACCCCGUCCAGAGAACUUCCCAUCGAUCCCGUGUAUUUGGCUUUGAAGCAAGCCACUGGGAAAUAUGGUGGCUCAACGACGGGAUCUCGUCGCGGAUCGUCGGCUCAUCCAAUUGAUUCCCAUUCACCAUCACCCUCAACAUUAUCUCGCGUUUCUUUACAGGACUCUGGCUAUGUGGAAAUGCCAAAAGCGAAUCCAUUGCUUGGCUCGACUCCACAAUUGGAUCACGCUGGUCGUGCUCCAGCUAAGCGAAGAGCUCCAAAAUUGACUCAACAAAUGAAAAGUCUCUCGUUAGAUUGCGCCGAAGUGCCGCCGAGAGUACAAGGCGUUUCAAGGAGUCCGAUGAGUCGAGAAACGAACAAGUUGAGCGCUCGAGAUACGACAUCAUCGACGGGGAGGCUUAAAAAUGGAUCCUCAGAUUUAUCAGACUGGGAAAGAAGCUGCUCACCGCAAGUGAAUUCAAGUCGACGGGCAUCGGCGCAAACGUUGGCAAGUCAAGGCGGUCACAUCGUCAUUCACGAGUACACACCGUCAGCCGGACAAACACUAAUCCUCGGUGAAAGACUCAUCGUCGUCAACAACGGGGAUCCGGAUUGGUUGCACGGAUUUCGACUCUCCGAUCGAACCGAGCAAUUGGUCUCAUUUCCGGCGACUUGUGUCGGCAAAGUGUUGGCUGGUGAGCAGCCGAUGAAAAUCACGCAAAAUGUUUGCAUUCCCGAGAUCAAACUACGCCUCUACAGGGAUCAGGUUGUUUUCGCGCAACCGGACUCGAUUCGCGAGGGAAACAAAGUGAUCAUUCGGACUGAAAGAGACGUUUUCACGGCUUGUCGUCUCGAGUUUUUAUCACUUUUG